UAUACAAAACUACUUCACCCAAAAAAAAAAGAGUCGAGAGGAAAAAGAGAUAUCCCAAUAUACAAAAAAAGCAGUUCCCAUCUAUUUGCUUUCGUUUGGAGCGACACAAGUUUCUUCUAUCUCAUCUCUCUCUCUCCUUUUCUCACGCCGAGAUUUCUGCUAUUGCUCUAAUAUCUCUCACGGCCUUUUGACGCCAUUUUCUCACCAAAGCCUUCCUUGGCUGGCUCUUCAUGGACACCGUUUAAGCUCAAUGACUGAGCAACUGGUGUAUAUAGUAACUUCGGGUUUGGAGUUUUGCUUUUUGGACUGAGCAGAAAACUCAAUAGAGAGAGAGAGAGAGAGAAACGUUUUCUGUGUCUUAUUCUUAUCUAUCGGGUUUUGUGUUGUCAGAAGCUCUAAGACAAAAUUGAAGGCAAUUAUUUUUAGGGUUCAAACGAAGAAAAAUUGGAGCUUUUCGAGAACUUGUGUGUGUGUGGUGGCUUUUGCAAAGAACAAAGCUUUUCUUGAUUUCGUUAUUGGCUCUUCUCCCAAUUUGUAUGGAAUUCUCUAGAGACGCCGGAAUGAUGAUGGAGAAUAAGCGGAAUGUGUGCUCUCUCGGAGAAAGCAGCAUCAAACGUCACAAGUCUGAUCUCUCUUUCAAUUCCAAGGAGAGGAAGGACAAAGUUGGAGAACGUAUUUCAGCUCUUCAACAGAUUGUUUCUCCUUAUGGAAAGACUGACACUGCAUCAGUUCUUCUAGACGCGAUGCAUUACAUAGAGUUUCUUCAUGAACAAGUGAAGGUGCUAAGUGCUCCGUAUCUGCAAACGAUACCUGAUGCUACACAGGAGGAGCUGGAGCAGUACAGCCUGAGAAACAGAGGAUUAUGUCUUAUUCCAAUGGAGAAUACAGUAGGAGUUGCUCAAAGCAACGGAGCUGAUAUCUGGGCGCCCGUGAAGACUCCCCUCUCUCCAGCCUUCAGCGUUACAUCUCAGUCACCCUUUAGAUGACCAAUUCGGCUCUUCGCCUUCUAAAAUCUUUGUGUUAAGCAUAAAGAAGAUGACCAGUUCUUAUUAUUCUGAUGAUGCCUCUGUAACAUAGACAGAGAGACGCAUGAAGUUGGUUAACAACAGCUCACGGUGUGGCGAUGGCUGUUAUUAUUUGACUGUUUAAUGCAUCCCCAUACUUUGACUUGUGUAAUAUGCCCAAACAGAAACUAAAUUAUUCUAAUGCAAAGUAAUCUAUUUUCUGUGAGAAA